CGUUCGAUAGCUUCCCGUUUUGACUCCGAUUUGAAUUCCAAAUUGCUGGCCCGGCUGGGAUGCUCGUAGGAGUUGCCACACGAAACGAACUGCUGGCGAGGAUGGCGUCCGGAAUCGAUGUGAGUCGCGAGUGCAAGCAGAUCUUCGACCAGAUCCGCCGCAUGAAGAGGCAUCGCUAUGCGAUCUUCGACAUUCGCGAGGAGCGGGAGAUCAAGGUCGAGUGGCUGGGAGUGCGGGAGGCGAGCUACGACGACUUCCUGCAGGAUCUUCGCCGAGCGGGCGCCAAUCAGUGCCGCUUCGCAGUCUACGAUUAUUCGUAUCAGCAUCAGUGCCAGGGCGCCUCAUCCACCUGCCUCAAGGAGCGACUCUUCCUGAUGCUCUGGUGUCCCACGCUCGCCAGGAUCAAGGAUAAAAUGCUGUACUCCAGCACAUUUGCAGUGUUGAAACGCGAGUUUCCCGGCGUGCAAAAGUGCAUUCAGGCCACCGAUUUGGACGAGGCAUGCCGCAAUGCCGUCGAGGAGCAGCUGAGAUCCUUGGACAGGGAAUAGUAUUUAUUUAUUUUCGAUUCCCCAUUCCUCCAUUGAAUUCCUUGAAAUACAGCAAAGCCAAUCAGUCCGGCCCACCAGUUUAAA